AUGACAAGCCUAGCCAACGGUAGGGGUGCUCCCGAAGCGCAUCGAAGCAAAUAUACUGAUAAAAUGCCAGGGAAAGACGAAUUACAAGAACGCCUCACCGAAGAAUUACAAAUCCUUCAUAUUAUACCACGACUUGCAGAAUCACAUCCCCCAGCAGUCGACACACCCCAGUAUCGAGACCAGAAGCUUCAACUCCUUGAUGACAUAGCUAUGGCAGUUUCGACGGGGGUGCCUGAGAAGACGGUGGCGAUCACAAUGGAAGAGCGGGGUAACGACUCGGAUUUCGUGCACUUCGUGCUGGCCGUCAAUGGACAGCCUACUUCGAGCGACGAAGCCGCUGUCGAGCGCUUCUUUGGAGCGCUUCGUGGUCCCGAAGAGCGGUUUGAGGAGCGUAUGAUGAAUGCCAUGAGGAGCUAUGCAAUUCCGCGGAUCGCGAAGUUGGCCAAACAAGUGGCCGACGCGUCCGAGGACUUCGUUCGAGGUGACUACCUGGGCCUUAUUGACGGGUACAGGUGGAGUAGGCACGAAAAGGAAUUGCCAGGAUUCAGACACAUGAAGGAACUACAUCCCGAGCUUCAAGUCGAAGGGGCCUCCGUACCCGACUGUCUCGUCACCAUGUUCAAAUACCUCGGCGAAGCCACUGGGAACUUCUGGCGUGCAGUGAAUGACGCGGCCAGUCCUACCCCUGCAUACGAUGUGGGGCGGCUGAACUGGAUGAUAGUCGUUGCGUACUACCUCGCUCAGGUUCCGAUUCUCACCCUCCUUCUCAACCACCGAGCUUGUCGAAGGCUCGUGUUCUUUCUGGGAUCUUUCCGAUACAGACUCGCAACGCUAGGAAGAUAUUGGGGCUGCCUCAGCCGCUUGAAGGCGCUUAUGACGCUCUCAAACAGGAAUAUAACAUACGAAUGGUGCCGCAAGGAUGCUGGAGGUGUCACCAACAAUCGUCUCGUUGCUAUUCGCCGAUCCCACUUGGAGGUCAUCACAACUGACCUUCCAGAAUGGAGAUUGGAAACCAGGACGGUGUUUCCAGAGUUCACUUUCGGGGGCGUACCUAGGAGGUACAAGCAAGCAAUCACGGUCUCGACUCAUCCCGCGAUCCGUCUGAUUCUUUCGGCGACGCAGGCUCAGCCGCAGCUCGUAGGCUGCAGUGAGGGGAUCUGCCUCGCAUCCGAGGCGUGGAUUAGAGAGUACAAUAAGGCGGAAAGCACGAACUGGGAAUUUGGUCCAUCCCUGAGAGACGCGGACCCGACGUUUGCUCUCACCCACCAAUAUGCGUUCGAGGGGAAUGUCUAUGAGAUGACAUACCUCGUUAAGGGUGGUCUGUUAGUCGCGUUUCUAUCCAGAGAUACAGACAAACCUGAGCUUUUUUUGAUACAAAUGUUCGGGACAGCACUUGGGCUCGAUGUCUGCCAGUGUAUGAGUUCACUCCAUCUGGAGGGAUUCUCCUCAUCUACAUACGACGAAGGAGUGCGACAACAGGUGCCGGCAAUCAAAGUACACAACAUUACACACCGCAUGUCAUCUGCACCGCUGGCGGCAGGCCAAAUAGAGCAGUCGCGCAGGGUGUCCGCGAAGAAUAACGCCUAUCCCUAUCCAGAGAGCGCCCAAGCGCCCGAACCGUCCGCGCGCGCUCGACGGGGCUGCCAGGCACGACCUUGGGAACCUGUCUGGCGCCUUUCUGACAGCAAGACUGCCGGAUCAAAACCCAGCUCGAAAGGUGUUUCGAGGUGUGACAGCAGCGGUGGAUCCGUGGCCGUCAUCAUGAUUGUUUAUCCGUUGUGA